AUGCUCGGCACACACCGCACCACGCGUAACCGCGUUACCGCGUGCCGUAACCGCGGCGACAGCCAGUGCAUGCGCGUGGUGUUUAUCCAACCAGAGGGGGAGGAGGGGAGCGAGCGGCGGAGGGAGCGGCGGAAUCGGUCGAACAUGUGGAGAGCCGUGUGGUCCGGGUCGGUGUGCCGAACGUACAUCCAGGCUCGGAAGUACCGGGCCGAACGGACGCAGGGCCGGGAGGGAGGUUCGGCGGCGGAGGAGGAGGAGGAUGACGAGGAGGAGGAGGAGGAGGAGGAGGAGGAGGAGGAGGAGGAGGAGGAGGAGGAGGAGGAGGAGGAGGAGGAGGAGGAGGAGGAGGAGGAGGAGGAGGAGGAGGAGGAGGAGGAGGAGGAUGAUGAUGAGAGGUUAGAAGCCGAAACGGAGGAGAGCAAAGUUGUCCGUCUCGUAGCGACGCCGCCCGCCACAGAUCCUCCACCCGAUUCACCCGCAGGCUCGGGUACUCCUCGGCUCGGCCGAACCACAGCUCCGGCUCUCCCCGAACCUCAGCCUCGGUAG